AUUCCUUAGCAUCUGAAGGGUACGAUAUGGUAAAGAGACUAUUUUGUAAACAAUAAGAGGAACAAUUAGUUUUAAUUAGACAAUUAAGGCUUUGAAGCAUUCUCAACAAGUUGAAUGUUGGAAAUAUGGAUUUUGAAUGGAGUAUCUGGUGUCGAUUUUGUGCAAAAUCUGAUAUUAAAAAUAUCAAUAUAUUUUCAGCUAAGGCAACGAAGAACAAUAAAAUUAAUAUGAUUUCAGCAAUUAAUAAAUUUUUUAAUAUUAAGUUCAACCACAAAGAAAAGAUGCCCCAAGUCGUGUGUGCUGAAUGCUUAUUAGUGCUUACAUCUUUGGUAAAAUUUGCUACCCGUGUAUGUAAGAUACAAGAAAUGUAUAAGGAAAUUCUACAAUCAGAAGGUACUGCGGUUGACAUUAAGUUCUUAUUUGAAAAGUAUCAAGUAAAUCAAGAUGUUUCACAAUUGGUUAACAAAUUAAGUGAAAAUGCUAGUCCCUGUAAUUCAGCACCAAUCAUAAACACGCAAGCAUCAACCUUCUCAAAUGUAAUAGUUUAUGAGCCGCACGCCGAUGUUUUAGACAGCAACCAUAAUACAAAAUAUUACUGCAAAGAUCCAUUAGAUGAAACUUGCGAAUGUGAAAGUAGUGGGUCAUCAAAUAUCUUUUCCACCUUUGAGGAUGUUGUUGCUGCUACAAAAAAAUCGGAUGAAAUGUCUAUAGAAAACACAGACGAUAAAAAACUUACAAAAGUGGAAUGUUUGAGCAGUGAAAAUACACCCGAAAAUAAUUUAAUUUUUCCCGUGAAGGAAAGCCUAAAUGAAUGUAAAUACAUUUGUAAGCAUUGCCCAAAGCGAUUUCAACGCUUCAGUAGCUUUAGAUUACAUGUAAAGAAAAAGCAUGGGCUCAUUAUACCAUUAGAGGACACAACGUUUCCAUGUCCUAACUGUGAUUUAAUAUUUCACAGAAAAGGCUUAAUGACCCAACACCUAAAAUCUGUGCAUGCUCAUAAGACAGCUCUUAUAUGCGAGAAGUGCGGAGAAAUUAUGGGCAGUAAAGACACAUUACGUGACCAUAUGCACACACACUCAAAUUAUGCUCCUUUCGAGUGUAAAGUGUGUGGUAAAUGUUUUAAACAGAAAACUCGCCUAAUGAAACACAUGGAUAUACAUGGAGCGAAGCAUAUUUGUGUUGAGUGUGGCUUACAAUUGAGCUCUCGUGCUACACUCUAUUCUCAUUCAUUUGUACAUUCUGAUGUGAUGCCACAUAAGUGUGACUAUUGUGGACGUGCCUUUAAACGUUCAAAAACAUUGAAAAAUCACCUUAUUCUACACACUGGUCUGAAACCAUAUUCCUGCGAUUUUUGUAAUAAGACCUUUUCAAAUGGAACUAGUUGUCGUACACACAAAAAACAUGUACAUCCGUUUGAAUUUGCUGUUCAGGAGGCUUCCGGCGAAAAACCCAUUAAAGCAAAAAAUAUACCUACGUUGUCUGUCCUAAAAGCGGUUACCCGAACAGCUAAGAAUCUUACACCUGUAGCGCCGAAACAGAGUGGAAAUUUUUCUUUAGGCAAGAGACCCAAAUUAGAUCAAAGGCACAUUGAUAUAAGUAAAGAAGUUAUUGCAAAGGAGAUGACUACAGUCUAACAGAAUAAGUGCAAUUCAAUACAAAUCUAUAAGAUACUAUUAACUAAUUUUAUUAGCAAAAUUAUAUAUGCUUAUG